AAGAAACAUCAUUGACGCGACCACAGCCGGCCCUCCGUGAACACACCUGACAAACGCACCCGGGAACAUACAGAGAACUAGGCCGGCCCUGUGGAUAGCUUUUAUCAUACCACAAAGUUUUCGAUAGCAGCGGAAGAGCCAACCUGGCACCGGCCACCUGCGGGCGCGGCCAGAGCCACUUCCCAACGCGUGUCAGUGUAUUUCGCCUCGUCAUUGAGUGUCACACACUGGCAUCGCAGUCUUGGACUUAGAUUAUGCACGCCUAGGCCGCAGCGGAGCCGCUCUGGCUGCAUUUCUGAGGCUUGAGGAUGGGAAAUAAUCAAAGCUCCUGCUGUUUCGCCUCGCCCGCGGAGAAGUAUGAGGUGCCAAUUCUCCCUGCGCAGCAGGACGGCGCGCCAAAGCAGGCUACUGAUGACAACCUCAAGAGUGUGCCAAAGCCGGGCGAAACGGCUGCGGGCGCAACUGGGACGGACGGGGGCGCCAGCAGUGUGAACAUUGCCAGCGCCACCGCGGGCACCUUUGCGACUACAGACCCAAACCUAGUGGCUCCAGAACUUGCUCCAGAGAUGGGGCUACCCUACCAGUUCCACCACUGCGGCCCACCGCUGCCGCCGUGCGACGACAUGCGGCUGCGCACCAUCAAUGCAUUAAAGACAGCCGGCAGCGUCAAGAUGGACGCAGACGCCAUUGAUGCGCCGCCGGACCCGGAGAUUGCCUCCAUCCUGAAGCUGGUGCAGUCCAUUUUCGAGGCGCCUGCGGCGCUGGUCGCGCUGUUCGACGACCGCCGCAUCUUCAUUCGUGAUGCGGAGGGCGCCUUCAAGCGCGGCGACUUCCCCUGGCGUUGGUCGUUCUGCGGCUGGACCAUGGCCAGCCGCAACGACCAGAUCAUGGUCAUCCCGGACGCGCUCAAAGACGCCAGGUUCUGUAACAACGAGAUGGUGCGCGGCGGCCCCGGCGUGCGCUUCUACUGCGGCACGCCGCUCAUCGCCUCCAACGGCCACCGCAUCGGCACGCUGUGCUUUGCUGACGUCAAGCCGCGCGAGUUCGACGCCUCGCGCUGCGUUGUGCUGAACAACCUGGCGGAGCUGGUGGUGCGGCACCUGGAGAAGGACAUUGCGCUGCAGCUGCGCGCGCACGACAACAACAGCCUGGCGGCGGCUUAUGGCAACCUUCGCCGCACGCUGGACUGCUUCGACCACUGCGUCGCGCUGGUGGACACGAGCGCGGCGGGCUGGCGCAUCCUGUUCGUGAACAACCCCGCCUGCAAGAUGCUGGGCAUUGAGCGCGAGUCUCUGCAGGGCAGCUUCCUGUCACGGCUGCUGGCUGAUGUGGACGGCUCAAUGCUGCCCACCGACACGCACGAGAAGGCCGCGGCGCAGGGGCGCGAGUUCCAGGUCAACUCGCGGCUGACGCGGGAGGUGACGGAGGAGCUGGACGAGAAGGAGAAGAGCACGGCGCUGGUCACCAAGGAGCAUCGCUACCUGCUCACGUUCAGGCCCGCCUCGCGCGAGGACCUGGACGAGGGCACCCUCUCCAUCGGCGUGCCCUCCUUCAUCCCCACCAACGCCAAGCUGCUGGAGGGCACCGCCGGCGACUCGGGCAGCCUGGCGUCAGCCACCUCCAGCGUCGGCGCGGCGCAGCGCCGGCCCGACCGCCUGUACUUCAUGCUGAUGCAGGACGCAGUGAAGCUGGAGGCGGAGCGAGCCGCCGCCAAGGCCAAGGCGGAGGCCGAGGCCAAGGUGGCCGCGGCGUCCAUGCUGACGCCGGGCGGCUCCUCCAACGCCACCUCGUCCGCCUUCAGCACGGACCGCGAUCUGCAGCAGCCGCCCGAGUCUAUCAACGGCCUGUCCAUGGGCCACCUGCUGGGCAAGGGCGCGUACGGCAGCGUGUACCACGGCACGUGGUACGGCACGUCCGUGGCGGUUAAGAUCAUUGAUGAGGAGCUGCCGUCGGGCGCCGAGUCCAUUGCGCCGCCGAUUGAGGCCAUCCUUAGCAAGGAGCUGCGCCACCCGCACAUCGUCGCCACGCUGCGCUGCGCGCGCCGCAUCAUCAACCCCUCGGGCAGCUCGCACGGUGUGUCCAGCACAACCGGCAGACUGUCUCGCGCUGCGCUUACCGGCGGCGGCGUCACGAUGACGAGCGGCGGCAACCACAGCCGCGGCGGCUUCAGUGACGACACCGCGCGCACGGCGUCCACGCUGGACAACACCAGCGCGGCCGGCGUUGCGGCUGGGGGCUCAUGCGUGCAGCCGCACACCGCUGUCGCCGGUAACGCGCAGCCCAGCGACGGCUGGCUGGCUGAUGAGAUGCCUCGCAGCUCGCCCAACGGCACUGCGGCGCCGGUGGUUGCGGCAGCCAAGAAGCAGUCGGGCGGCUCAGAUGGCACGGCGGCCAGCGGCUUCACCGCCGCCGGCACCAGUGGCGCCAUGACGGGUUCGGGCUCGGGCAGCGGGAUCGGCGCCAGCACCGCCGCCGAGUCCAUGGCCGGUGACUCGUCACACGUCACCAACUCGGCAAAGGCUGGCUCUGAGCUGUCAGUGAAUGCCUCCGCCAACGCCCCCGAAAAGCGCAGGGCCGACAUCAGCCUCGCAGCGGGCGGCUCGCUCGCAGAAGGCAAGGCGGCCCACCUGCGUUCUGCCUCUGCGGCGGCGCCACACGGGCCCGAGGGCACUGCUGUUGCUGCCGCGCCUGCUGAGCCCGCCGAGCGGACGUCCGCUGAAGACAGCGAGGAAUACGACGACUUCAACUGUGCUGGCGGCGACAGCAACAUGAGCCCUUUCAUGAUGGCGCCCGGCUCCGCGCCGCCGCAGGACAGCGCCCCACGCGGCGGCCCCGGCCGCGGCGGCAGCGAGCACUGGCCGCAUGACGAGGUGCUCGUCCGCCACCAGACCUGGCUUAUCAUGGAGUACUGCGACCGCGGCUGCCUGCAGGACGCCGUGGACCGCGGCUGGCUGCGCGUGUCGUCGGCACUGGAGAGCAGUGGACCGCGCAUGGACGCGGUGCUGGCCACGGCGGUGGAGCUGGCCAGCGCGUUGGCGUUCCUGCACUCCAAGGACAUUGUGCACGGCGACAUGUCGGCCUGGAACAUCAUGCUGUGCACCUCCGGCGCCACUGCCACUGUGGGCGGCCGCGGCUUCGUGGCCAAGAUUGCGGACUUCGGCCUGGCGCGGCACCUGGACAUCCGCACCAAGAUCGAGACGCGCACCUACGGCACGCUGACACACAUGCCGCCCGAGGCGCUGCGCGACGGCGUGAUGAGCAAGGCCACGGACGUGUACUCGCUGGGCGUGCUGCUGUGGCAGCUCUACACCAGCAGCCGGCCCUGGGCGGGGCUGCGCCACGGCCAGAUCAUUGUAAUGGUGGUGACGCAGCGCGCCCGGCUGCGCUUCCCCGACGGCACGCCGCCCGCUUACGAAGCCCUGGCGCUGGCGUGCAUGGAGCACGACCCCAAGAAGCGGCCCGCUAUUGAGGCGGUGCUGGCGGAGCUUGAGGUGAUGCGCAAUGACUGGGUGACGACGUCCUAAGGGCUUACGGAAGGGGGUUACUGGAGUGGGGGAGCAGAGACUGAGGAGUGAGGGGCGGGCGGAGAACAGCACCGGUUGGGCUGGAAAGCCGUGUGCAGGGGACACACAUUCAUCGCUGUGUAACGCAUGUUGGUGUUUAUGUUACGUGUAGCCGUAUGAUGUGUUUCGCCUGGAGUGGUACGCGUGAAGCAUGUUUCUUAAAAGCAGCUCUGUGUGCAUGCGCACACUCGAUGUCGAUUGCUGAGUUCUUGGUAAAUUUGACUUUGUCCUCCGUGACAAUGGAGACAGCCGUCAUUGUUGCGCAAUGUGUUGUGGGUUUCGUGGAGAUUUUUCUGGUGGGGUAAGGUGGGGAACUGGUGAUGGCCAGGCUUAUUUGGAUGGCGUGGGUGGCGUCGGGAGCGCCACGGUGUCCGUGAAAGCUGCUUGUAAGCAGGCACGGCAAACUGAGCAAGGGUGUUGUCCCAGGGGCAGAGCAAGCCGCGGAGCCAGUUGGCGCCACAUGCGGUCGUGGUAAACAGCGCUGUCCUCGGGUUUGCAUACUUUGAAGAAACGUACACGGCAAGGCAUGUGUUUGGUGAGGUGCCUGAAGAAACGUACACGGCAGGGCAUGUGUUUCGUGAGGUGCCUGAAGAAACGUACACGGCAGGGCAUGUGUUUGGUGAGGUACCUGACGGCGGUCGGCAUGAACGGCGGAAGGGUCCGCGGGAUGGGCGUGGCCGGCAGGGCGCAGUGAAUUGACAUGAUCGCUCUUGAGGAUUCAAGAAUGGAGUUGGGUGGUGUGCACGCAGCGCCGCGAGGGGCGUCUGCGCUGAACAUUGCACAUGCAGAUCGCAGAGGUGUGGUAGCUCGGUCGUACUGAAAGCCCAGACGAGAGGGGCCAAUCCAAAUCCUGUCGCACUCAUGGGUAUGCUGCUUAUGACACCAUCUGUUCUGAUGCCAGGUGCGGGCGUUGGUAAUGUGAGUCAGUUGUGCGUGGGGACUGCAGAGGCACUGACACAUGAGGUGCUGGGGUGGGGUGCUAUCGCCUGGCCGGGAGCCCAGAUGGUGACAGCAGUGCUACGGUGCAAUGGAACAGGGUAAGGAUCAGGUUGGCGUAGUCCCGUAGUACACUUAUUCCCAGACGCCAACAUUCAAUUUGCAGCGUCCAGGCAGAUAUUGCGCGGCUGGUACGGUAUUACGCCGGACACUGGAGGGACUGUGUGGACGCUGACACAUGGUCAAGUUGCUGGCAGGCUGGCAGUUUGCGAAUGUGCAUUCCUCACGCUCAGGGCGCACGGCGAGAGCACUGAGCACAGUUGUUGUUGCGUUUCAGGAAUGU